AUGGACGAUUGCGGAAUCCCAGACGGCGAAUACGACCUGCGGGUGGGCCAGGCGCUCGGAGACGAUGAGCUGCUGCGCUUUUUCGGAAUCAGGUGUAACCACAACGACGAGUAUGUUCUGGAGUCCCCAGCUAAGGACGGUGUGUCCAAGCUGUUUUUUGAAGGCAAGAGGCCGCCCGCUGGCCACGGACACUCGGAUCAUGUGUUAAUCUACAAUGAGACGGCAGGCGAGUUCUGUCUCGAAAGGCUGGACCCUGUGGUGAAAAUGAGCAAGUCACGGGAGCCCGAGAAGCUGCAGCAGCGGAUGAAGACACUGCUGAGCCAGCGUGCCAGUGGUGAGGUAAGAAAAGAGCAAGCUUCUAGAAUAAGGAAACCAGCCCCUACGCCACGGUCGCGUCCUCCGUCGGCUCAAUCGCUGGUUAGGUCGAGGCAGAGAAAAGAACCAUCUACGAGAAACAUAUCCGUUCGUUUGUCGAAGCCCUCGAAAGCGCAAGGGCCUCUUUCGGAGACCAAACCGCGAGACUCCGAAAACCGCGAUCCGCCGAAAACAGCCGUCUCCGAGGAAGACCUCGAAUUCGACAGGGAAUUUGAUGAGGCGCUGGAGGGGCUGGAUGACGAGAUCAGCGAGGAAGAGUAG